AUGCGCACUCCACCUCGCCCGAGACACUUUCAGUUUGCGGCAGGCCAUGUCAGGGCUAUCAACAACAUCCUAGCAGGGCCGCGGCCACCGCGCAACAGAAGGCGUUUACCUUCGGAAAAGCGUCGGUCCAAGUCCCCAGAAGAGGAGCCUCGCGAGGAGCAGAGUCCGCCGGAAGAAGGCCGCUUAACAUAUGAAGAUGACCGUUUUGUAAACUAUUACGAGUUCGAAGAACAUCUUGAGCCGGAAGAUCGUAGAGAAGCUGAACAAACGCCGCUAAGAUACGAGAACGUAAGGAUACACGAUCAUAAUCCAGAUCAAGGUGCCACCGCCGACCCAACGCCCGAUGAUCGUGAGCCUUUCCCUCCGUUCGAACCCACAAUCGCAACGAGACACGAGCAGUCCCGAGUUAGAGCUCCUCCCACGCCGCGAAAGAAGUAUAACGUGGUACCCCACAGCCGCGAGAGUGUGCCCAUUCUGUUCUCCGACAAGGCUGCGCACAGCACACGCACUGAGCUCGUGCCGGAUCCAUCUCCAGAUGCUGUUCGACACGCCUUGGAGCUAAUCAAGGACGGGUUUACCGCUCGCGACCUGGGACUCGCAUGCGCCAUCGCCCCGCUAGCGCGUGACAGUCGGAUUGUACGCACGGGACCGGCAGUCGUCAUCAAUGACGUGGAUCUCUACCUUCAUGACAGGACAAUUCGUGUGGCAUCUGAAGAUGGUCUGGUUACUGUGCCGGAUUACCUGGAGUUUAGAGGCGUGCCCGAGACGAGGAAGGUGCGCUUCAACGGCCGGACGCCUCCAUGGGCGAAAAGGCUCUUCGGGGACGCUGAGAAGCGCCGGAUCACUGAACCUUAUGGACCAGAGGCACCUGGCCAGUUGCUGCUCCCAGUCGGAGGUGUUGUCGAAGUCUACAAGGUCGAUGGUUGCGGCUGGGCGCUCGGAAAGCUUACCGAUGAGGACCGCAUAGGGUGGUUUCCUGUCGAUUUGACCGAGCCACUGACGCACGGUCCAUUUGCGACGACGACGUUUAGGAGUCGGUUCCUAGAUGGCGAGCCGAUCGACGACGAACCGGAGAUGAUCAAUGAGGGUGGGGCGGAUAUGAUCUCCGAGGAAGGGAAUGUAGGUGAGGACAUGAUGUCAGAUAAUGAGUUCGAAGCCAAGGUCCUGGAUGAGGCAGCUGAACGCAGUCAAGAGAGCUUCCUGGAGGAGAGCACAAGACUCUCACGUGAGGAAGGCGGGCUGGAUCAGGCUGAGCGCGAGCUGGAGGUCCCCAAAGUGGUCACGGACGCCAGCGAAGGAGCGAUCUCGCCAGGUUCAGUGGAAAGAGACGUUCGCGUGGAAGACGAAGUAGACUAUGAGGACUACCCUUUGUGA